GAUUCCGGUAAUGAACAGAAGAACACUUUAUUUCAACAAAAAAAUACACAUACACAACUUAAAAAAUGUCUCAAUGGUAUAAUCAAUGAAAUAGUUAAUCAAGAAAUUAUUGAACAAUGUCUAAAUGAAUUAAUUGAUAUAAUAUCAAUUGUCGAUGAAUUAGUUGAAGACACUACAUUUAUUAUAAUAACACAAAAAGAAGAUUUAAUAUUUGUACAAGAUUCAACUAAUGAUAAUUUCGAUGAUAAUAACGUUCUAGAUAAAAAAGAAUCUAUGUCAUCUACAACUGAGUCACAUCAGGAAAAUAUUCAAAUGAAUAUAUCAAAUGAUGAAUUAAUACCAGUAAUCAAUAUUGAUAAUGUAACAAUUGUAAAUUCUGAUCAAGAAAAUAUUCCUAUAAAUAUAAUGCAUGAUGACUUAUCGAAGUUGACGAAUAUCGUCGAGACACUAAGCAAUCAUUCUGAUUCAAAUGAAAAUCAUUCGAUUACAUCCGAAAUUAUUACUAAAACAUCUCCAAAUGAACUUGAAGAUUCAUUUGAUGAAUUCAAAAUAUUGAACAUUCCAACAAAUCGAUCAUUUGAAAAACCUCUAGAAAAAUUAACAGAUUAUACUGAAUUUCGUGAAUUUAUAUCAAAAAUUCAAGACGAUACAGAUACAGAUGAUGAAAUAUUACCACCGAAACAAAAUACCAUUAUAUUAGAUGAGAAUGUCAACAAUAUCUCUGAACAGUUGAAUAUACCAAAUAGUAGCAAACAAGAGCAUUUAACAUCUUUACCAAUAUCAAUUCCGAAUGAAAUUCAAGAAGAAAGCAGUAAUGAAUCUCCAACAAAUAUUGAGUCAACAAUUAAUGAAUUGUUAAGUGAUGAAAUAAAUAAUGAUACUUUCGUAUCAAUUGAUUCAAAACUAAUUGAACAAAAAAGAUUUUCUAUUGUAAAUUGUCAUUCAAUUCCACUCGGAACAAAAAUUUAUCAUAUAAAUUGUUCAUCAACUUAUAUUUAUAUUUGUACUAAUGAACGAAAAAUAUUCUAUGCUAAAUUCAAUAUUGAUAAUAUGAAUAUACCACUUCAAUGGAUACAACAUUCUGAUCUAGCCGAACGAAUUGUUGUUAGUAAUAGUAAUCGAACAGUAUGGCGUCUUUUUAAUAAAUGUCUCUAUUCAUCUAUUGAUCCAAUUAAAUUUCCACCAAUUGGUUCUCAUUGGAAUCAAAUAAAAAUUGACAAUGGACAAUCAUUAUUAAGUAUGUCAAUUAAUGAUCAAUGUGGAUGGUAUGUUAAAGACGACGGUACAUUAUGGUUAAUACGAACAGUUAAUAAAUCUUAUGAAUCAAUAAAUGUAACAUGUCCAUUUAAUCUGAAUAAAGUUUUUUGUUUCUCGGAAAAAGUUGCUGUUACAACAAAUGAUGGAGAAAUAUUAGUACGUGUUGGAUGUACAGAUGAUUGUCUUGAAGGCGAUGGAUGGAUUUUUAUUGAACAUAAUUUUGGUCCAAUUGAUGAUUUUAUAUUAUUAACAAAUAAUAAUAUCAUAUGUAUUGUGGAUAAGAAACAUCAUUUAUGGAUACAUCAAUGGUCAUCUAAUGAAGGAUUCUUUGAAAUUUUAUGUAAUGAUGAAUUUUUAAUGUUUCAUCAACGAUAUUUAAUUUGUGUUAAUUCAAAAUUAUUAUGUUUUACUGAUUGUGAAAAACAAAUUCAUAUUUUUUCAGAUUCUUUAACUGGUAUACAAUGGAAAUUAAUUGAAAAGAAUACUCGUUUACAACGUUUAAUUGGAGCUUUUUCAAAUGAAAAUUUUGUUUGGGCAUUAACAACAGACAAAAUGAUUUGUUCAUCAAAUGGUCAAAUACUUGAAAAACCACGUCAAGCUCAAUAUUUAACACAUGCAACAUUUGUUCCAGAUAAUUCUUCUGAAGGUACUAUUCUUUGGUCACUUGAUGAAUCAUGUAAUAUUUAUGUACGAGCUAAUGUUGAGACAAAUACAAAAUGGGAACAAUUAGAUCAAAGUCAAUUUGAAUGGAAUCGAAGGUUAGUUCAUAUCGUAUGUAAUGAUGUUGGUGUUUGGGCAGUUGAUGAUCACGGUUAUAUUCAUUUUCGUCAUGGUCAUAUCUCUGCUAGUGAUGAUGUGUAUUUAAAUGAAUUCUCAGUAUUACCUCCAGCUUGGAUUCCUAUACCUGGUGAACCACAAAGAUAUCGAAGUUUUUCACAAAUAUAUUGUGGACCAGUUGAUUGGAUGGUUUAUGCCACCGAUAAUAAACAAACUAUUUAUGCUCGAAUUGGUAUUAACGAAGAAAAUUGUAUUGGAACAUCAUGGAAAGCUUUUGAAGAUUGUUCAGCUCUUGAAUUAGCUAUUAGUGAACAUACAUUAUGGUUAUUAACAAGUCGUGGACAAAUUCAAUGUCGUGAAAAUAUUUCUAUAACAAAUCCAAUUGGAACACGAUCAACAACAUUACCUGGUCGUUUUCUUUCACUUACUGUUUCCGUAGAUGAUAGUCAAGUAUGGGCACUUGAUUCUAAACGUAAUUUACUAAAACUUGAUCGAUUAACUAUUUUAUUUGAAAAAUAA